UCCGAACUUCAUAGCAUCGAAUUAAUGUGAUGCUAGAUUAUUCCGCUAUCGCUGAAUCAUUGUGAAACGUAGUCUCACUGGGUCAGAAUGGUAAUAAUGGCUUAAAUUCGUGAAGAUUGCCUACAUUGCAGGGUUCCGUCGCGUGGGUAAUUGGUACACGCCUCUGUUGAAAUCUCAUUGGUUCUCCUAGUACAGCGGGAAUGAUCAAAUCAGGAAGUCCGAAAAAUGAAUAGCAGUAGGACGGAGAAUUCUGUUGUGGUGGCCUUUAAUGAAGAUAAAUGUCAGUUCCAGGUUUAUCUCGCGUCCUCGACAUACUGCGUUCACUGUAUCCAACUGUCCAGACGAUAGAAGACUAUGUAGAUGGUGUCGCUCUUAGCAAUGGCAGGAAGGCAGCCUUGGUUGAAGAAGCUGAUACCAGUCGUUUCAAGUCGCUACUCCGUGGACUAAUCGUGUGCGUAGAGAAACAAAUGAGGGAUGCUCCAAGUGGCGACCAGCUCAGCACAUUACCCGAGGUGCUCGCUUACGUCCUGAACAACAUGAACAAGAACAAGAGCAGAAACGUUUUGAGGUUCGGUUACCUUUUCAGUGACAAAGACGGAGAUGCAGACCCUUUCAAGUUCCAUGGAGUGAUCACUCAGAGUCCAGCGUUUAUCCACAGCAGCGACCUCUGGAAGAAAAUUAACCAGCGACUAGGCACGGAUCUCACCCAACACCUGCUGCGGAACUGCGCCGUGUUUGCGGUCGCACCUCCUACCUGUCUGUUCCAGGUGUGUGGAGUACCCCUAUAUGACUUGAUCUCCAUGCAUGUCUCACCCAGGUUCCUCCUCUGUAAAUCUGCUACUCAAUCUGUCCCAGCCAAUCCACAAAGGAAAAGACACGCGAGACCUCCAAGGAGGAACAAGGUACAUCCUCGAGAAGUUUCCAGAAAGAGAAAGAGAAAGAGAGAAGAUGGAGGGGAGGUUGCUGGAGAUGAUGAGGGGUUACCCAGAAAACAAAGAUGUUGCCAGGCAAUGGAGAAGACUUGUGACUCUCCAGUGCUAAGUCACAACACCAAUAUCACAGAUAGUGAACAGACCUCCAAUCACAACAAUAACACCACACAGGCAGUCAGUAUUUUCAGGCGACCCAAAGUAGCCACAGGAACAGCCCAGGCUUCUUCCACUUCUCAUGGCUCUUUCAGUUGGAAGCCAGCAAACCAGCCCCUUCCACGGCCGUCGGAGUGCUUCAUCCGCAUGCUCCGUGUUCUUUACAGCAGAACCGGCAUCAGGGGCUUCCUGCUCAACAGGAAGUUGACGUGCGGGUCCAACGGCCCCAGGAGCCUGCAGGGGCCAGAUGUGGUGCGGCUGGUGUUCCUGCAAGGCGAAGCCUACCUGAGUGGGGAGGAGCCCAAGCCCAAGAGGCUCCCCCGCCGCUUCUUCAACAUGGCGCCACUCUUCAGCCGCCUGCUGCGCAACCACAGGAAGUGCCCCUAUGCCCAUUUCCUGCACAAGAAGUGCUCCCUGGCCAACCAGCCGAGUGACAUGGUGUCUCUCUUGACGGCCCAUUGCCGGCCAUACCGGGUGUACCUGUUUGUGCGGGAGUGCCUGCUUUAUGUGGUGCCAGAGGAGCUGUGGGGAUCGGAUCAGAACCGGAUGCUGUUCCUAGCCCGGGUCAAGCAGCUGUUGAGGCUGGGGAAGUUUGAGAGCCUCUCCCUGGCUCAGGUAAUGUGGAGCAUGAAGGUCCGUGACUGCGGCUGGCUCGGUCUCAAGGCUGGAGCCCACUGCCCCAGUGAGCACCGCUACCGUGAGCGUCUCCUGGGCCAGUUCCUGGCCUGGCUGCUGGAGAGUUACGUGCUAGGUCUGGUCAAAGCCAUGUUCUACGUCACAGAGAGCAUGGGCCAGAAGCACGCCCUGCGGUUCUACCGACGGGAAGUCUGGAACAAGCUACAGACCCUGGCAUUCAGGGAGCACCUGUCGAAGGGACAAUGGAAAACCCUUACAUCACAGGAGGUGGCGUCCCUCCCCAAAACCACAGUGACCGCUCGCCUUCGCUUCAUCCCUAAAGCCCACGGCAUGCGACCAAUCACACGACUCGUGGGAGCGGAUCCUGUAACCAAGCGCUUCCAGCGGAGUGUGAAAAACCUGCGUGAUGUGUUGGGCGUGUGUGUGAAGUCCUCACCAGCCCUGCUGGGCUCCACAGUGUGGGGACGGCAGGACAUCCACAGGGUCCUAAAGACCACCGCUCUCCAGCAGAAGAUCAAACCCACACCACUCUACUUCGUCAAGGUGGACGUUAGUGGAGCCUAUGACAGCUUGCCUCAUGACAUGCUUGUGCGAGUGGUCAGCGAGGUGCUGUCGCCUGUGCAAGACGUUGGCUUCUCUAUCCGACACUACGCCAAAGUGUGGAGGGAAUCCCUGCAGGGCCUGAGGAAGCAGUUCUGCACAAGGGCUGGGGCCCAGGUGUGCAUAAACAUGAAAGGGUUUGUGAUGGAGGAGCAGGAGCAUGGGGAACUCCACAAUGCUAUUCUGGUGGAGAAUUACAACUCACCUGAUGUGAAAGGCAGAGAUGUGCUUGAGUUCUUCAAACAGAUGCUCACGACUUGUGUGGUUCGCUUUGGGAAGCGAAUGUUCCGGCAGGUUUGUGGCAUCCCUCAGGGGUCGGUGGUGUCCAGCCUGCUGUGUAAUCUGUGCUAUGCUCACAUGGAGAACUCCCUGCUCAGCCACAUCACAGAGAAAGGAGGGUGUCUGAUGAGGCUGGUGGACGACUUUCUCCUCAUCACGCCUAAACUCAACAAGGCCAUGUAUUUCCUCAAGACCCUGUCGGCAGGGGUGCCCCGGUAUGGCUGUGUGGUGAACCCUCAGAAGGUGGCGGUCAACUUCCCCCUGGAGGAGGGCGUGAGUUUCCCUGGGGUGCGGGUGCUCCCCCAGCACUGCCUUUUCCCCUGGUGUGGCCUCCUGCUCGACACCCAGACCCUGGACGUCUACAAUGACUACUCCAGCUACGCUGGCCUAUCACUGCGCUACAGCUUGACCCUGGGCUCGACCCACUCCCCUGCAUCCUUCAUGGAGAGGAAGCUGAUGGCCAUUCUGCGGCUCAAGUGUGACGCGAUACUACUGGACCUCGGGACAAACUCCCUGGAGACGGUGUAUAAAAACAUCUACAAGAUAGUGCUGCUGCAGGCUAUGAGAUUUAAUGUGUGUGUGCAGAGUCUGCCUACGGGUCAGAGUGUGGAGACCACUCCAGCCUUCUUCCUGAGAAUGAUCUGGGCCAUGGCCAAAGCCACGUACAACUGCAUCAAACAGAGUAACCAAGAUGGCUCCCUGGGUUCUGUGAAUGAUGGGUGUCUGAGGUAUAAGGCUGUACAACUGCUGUACUGUCUGGCGUUUGAAUUGGUCUUUGUCCGCCACCGCCACAAGUACCGUUGCCUGCUCCCCUGCCUUCGUCAAAGAAAAUGGCGUCUUCAGAGAACCCUGAGUGGAAUGAGGCUGGCACGGGUUCGUCAGGCGGCCACCCCUAGAGUGCCCCCUGACUUCAAGGCCAUCAGAGCCUGAGGCAUCAGCUGACCUCUGACCUGCCACAGGUGGACGAUGGAGAGCAAACUGAAACACCCUUGGCGUAGGCGUACAGCUGUCUUGCUACUUUGACUUACAGAAUAAUUGAAAUAUUGUUGUAUGGUCGUGAGAUGGGUAUAGGUCUUAGACCGUCUGUGGCAUGGUUCAAAGCAGAAGGGGUUGCUUAGUUACUUACUUACAGUUACAGCCAAAGCCUGAAUCUGUGCUCUUUAAGAACUUCAGUGGAUGUGUUACCCAUUAGGACUUAGAUGAAGGUUAAACAUGGGUGUGGUUCUGAUGCCUUGUUGCAGCCUGGUUGUAGGUUCCUUAUGGAUGUAGGCUAAUGCCUGGUUGUAGGUUCCUUAUGGAUGUAGGCUAAUGCCUGGUUGUAGAUUCCUUAUGGAUGUAGGCUAAUGCCUGGUUGUUGCUUAAUGUGGUUUUAGACCCUGUCACCCUAAAACUAGCCGAUGAAUAACAGUGACCGCUGCGGCCAAGCCCUGGAUGAUUAUUUGACAUGUUUUUAAGCAUUUGAGGAGGAUGUAUUUGUGUCUUCACCUUUCGUUAAAACUGUAAUACCCACACGCUCUCUGUUAAUCGGCAAAUAUUGUGACAUUUAUGUGGAAACCAUUGUGUCCACAGAGAUGCAACCGCCCCUUCUUUGUGUGAUUAUAACUUUAAUGGGAUGAAAAAAACCUGACUAAACACAUUUCACAAGCCCUAUGGUCACGCAAAGCCCUCAUUACAUUGAUAUAAAACUGAAUAGGCGAUAUGGGUUUUCUCGUAAAACUCCUCCAUUAAAAUAUAGAGUGAAAGGUCGAAAACAUCUUUCUCCUCUCCUCUCCCUGUCUCAGUGUCCGUUUUCAUUGUUAGUAGAGCUUAUCUCCUAAGCUAAGUUACCAGUUAAACUGCGGCUUAAGUUGUUUACCCGUCCUGCAGACAAACAAUCUCACUGCAUUAGCUGAAAAUGCUAAGCUACCUCAGUUACAAAAACAUUUGAUCACUUCUCUGAUGACAUCAAGGACAACAACAAAGAAGAACCAGUAUAUAAGUGAGAGGUCUGAUACUAGAUGUUGAUAAAAUGUUUACUAAAGUUAAAUAUUUAAACAUUGUUACAAAAAUGGCUGCUGUUUUUCCAUGUUCUAUGCACUUUCAUUUCUAAAAGAGAAAUAAAAAAAAACUUGCGUACAAAUGAAGUAAGAGUACAUUUGUGCU